AAGCCGUCACAAUGUAGUCCCUAAUAAAAUAUCAGUCGUGACCGUGGAUUAGUCUCGAUCGAUUAAUCGAUCGAGAAUACCACGUAAAAUCUUGUAUCCCGUGUGUUAUUUCACUUCCGCAUCAUCAAAUUCUUCAUGGUAUGAGAGCGAAUCUCGAUCCUUGAAUAGGGUUUGAGCUUCCAUCCUUCCGCUUCUGUGGUUUCUCGAUUUGGAUGAGCAGUCCAGCUCUCCGUGAGUCCAGUUGACCUAGGCGAAGUCCAUUCCGUCGUGGUUCGCAAUCAUCCCUGUAUAGCCAUCAUACAAGUUUGGCGACUUAACCUCACGGCUUUCACUCGUCGAGUCAUUGAGGCUUUCAUUGCGUUACUUCGAGGUCCACAGCCAGUUAAGGCCCAUUGCUUCCCGAAGCUUCCUUUAUGAGAUCGACUAUCCUGACGUCACAAAGCCGCCAUGUGCCUGAUUCUCAUGGAGUCCAAUCUUCCCAGAAUUGCCCAUUGGUGUUCAGGGCCGAUUCUAGUCCUCUUCAAGCUGCUGAUCUUCCACCUGCUCGCUGCUCUUUGUGCCAAAAAUCAAUCUCUCUCCGGGUCCUCGUCGCAUCCGAGAAAAGUCCCUGAUUUCAGGCAGAUCCAGGUUUGUCCGACUCGAUCUUCUCGUCCCCGCCAAUCCAGCAUCGCCGCCUUCGUCACCAUCAAACACGGCUGCCAUCGUGCUAUCUCCGAGCUCCCGCCGUUCUUCUAUCUCCGCCGUUGAUUUCUUCGCCAGAGAAGAAAAGUUGCGGAUGUUCAGGUGAGCGCAUUAAGGAGAAGGUUUUCCCCAAAUAAGUCGUCAUCACCAAAGAGGCAGAAGGGUAUCCCCUUUCAUGCCGUCCUCACCUAGUCACCUACGAAUGGGUCGUCCAAAUUCCAAGAUUGGGCAUGCAUCCAUUCACACUUCAAGUGUUGCCGAAGUGGUCCUUAUGGGCUCAACAAGUUUUACGUGGGAAGCUUUAAGCUACCAAAUCAAUUUUUUGGGCUUCAGUGGUUUUUGCAAAAUCAGUGGCCGGGUUGGCCAGUUAUUUUUUUCUGUUUGCAGGCAAGCAAAUCCUCAAGCAUAGAAGCAGUGAAGCAUUCUCAAUUCAAAGUUUGAUUGACCCUUCACUUGUCAUUGUUUGAGUGAUAGAAAACUUCCGCAAGUAAAGAUAGUCAAGUAUCAGUCGAGGCAUUCACGAUCCAUAAAAUGGUCGUUCCUUGGCAUUCAAAAGGUAGUAAGAUCAAAGAAGUAGUCGUCCCUUCAUCGUCCAGUUGGAAUUCACGAUCAAAGAAAUGGUCGUCCCCUCUUCCGGUUUAUUAUUGGGCACAUAUCAACCAUUCAUCGCUUUUCAAGCCGGGCAUCACUAUGUUCAUGCUCCAGCUUGAGGGGAAGAAUAGGAGGUCAACAUACGUCGGUCGACUAGCUCAGUCAUCAAGUCGACCGCGAUGUACCAAGUGUGUUCAAGUUCAAGAGACGAAGUCAAUCGUCUCCAUCAUCAGGUUGUUCAGAGAGAGUCAGUCGUCUCCAAUCAACCUCGUCCGAGAUGUUAUUCAUCUCGAGUUUUGUGGUUCAAGCCAUCAUGCUCGUUCUUCACAUUUUCUUCAAGCUCGACAUUCUUGUCAUUCAUGUCUUCGCUUGAGGGGGAGUGUUGCGGUUACUUAAACCGUGUUAGUAUUGGGCCUUGUUGGGCCUCGUUUGAUUCGUUGGAUUAGGGUUUUAACCCUAAGUUUAUCUAUGUAAGCUUAGCUAUCGACUUGUGUGAUAGCAAGCCGUCACAAUGUAGUCCCUAAUAAAAUAUCAGUCGUGAGCUUGCUCCGAGCUCACCGUGGAUUAGUCUCGAUCAAUCAAUCGAUCGAGGAUACCACAUAAAAUCUUGUGUCCCGUGUGUUAUUUCACUUCCGCAUCAUCAAAUUCUUCAAUUUGCACAUAAUGAAUGAUGAAGCGACAUGAUUUCGGUAACUCCCAUCUCCCUUACCAAUGUUAUUUUUCCAUCCUAAAAAACAAAUGGCACUAAAAAGUAACAAUGAUGUUAACGAAUACUAACCUGAAGGCAAUGAAUAAAAACAUACCCUUCAACCGGUAGCCUAAUCCAUCGCGUUGACAGAACCAGCUUUCCAUCAAUGGCGAUGGGUUGCAAUUCUUCCCCUGAUCGAUGAACCCUAUAGUAAAAGGUAAAUAUCAAG